AUGCAUUAUUUAAAACCGUUCCUCAUCUCACUCAGUGCGGCCACGGCCUUUGCAGCAACCUCAACUUCGACUGCUGAAACCACAUCCAUAACUGGCUGUCAUACACAUGGAUCGGAUAUAUAUUGCAUUGACGGGGAGGGCCAUGAAAUCUCGGUUUCGGCGACAGCUACACCCACAAGCGGAGUCCCAGCUGAAUACACUGGCUGCCACUCACACGGAAGCGAGUCAUACUGUAUGGAUACAGAUGGAAAUGAGGCAUUGAUCGUGGCAGAAGACACGGAGCAUACUCAGAGUGAGCAUGAAGAAAGCGAGCACAGUCACGAUCACGAGGGAUCCGAGCACAGUCACGAUCAUGAGGGAUCCGAGCACAGUCACGACGACGAGGGAUCCGAGGAAGAGAACAAGACAAGUUGCCACUUCCAUGCCGGUGUUGAGCACUGUGUGAGCGAAGGAGAGUCAGAAGAAAGUAACCACGAAUCCUGCGGCAUCCAGACUAGAGACUACGACGUGCCUCUUCGAAUCGGAACACUCUUUGUUGUCCUCGUUACAAGCGCCAUUGGUGUCUUUGCGCCUAUCCUGCUGCUGAAGCUUCCAUUCGCAAACGUCAAUGCUGUUUUCUCGACCGUCAUAAAGCAGUUCGGAACUGGCAUUAUCGUCGCGACUGCCUUUGUUCAUUUAUACACGCAUGCAAAUCUCAUGUUCACGAAUAAAUGCAUGGGCGAGCUUGAUUAUGAAGCUACGACCUCCGCCAUUGUCAUGGCCGGCAUAUUCCUUGCCUUCCUGUUCGAGUUUGUUGGUCACCGCAUUAUAAGUAGCAAAAAAUGCGCGACAGAAUCAAACCAAGCCCCUCGCAAGGAUGCAAGUCCUCCUCAUUCCACCUUGGCUCAUCUUGGACAUUCGCAUGGUGCCGCGCUCGACCCCACCAAGCCUGACACCAAGUUUUCCGUACUGGUAAUGGAGGCUGGUGUACUCUUCCACAGCAUUCUCAUCGGUCUAACGCUGGUAGUGGCCGGUGACUCUUUCUACAAAACUCUCUUGGUGGUGAUUGUCUUCCACCAAUUCUUUGAAGGUCUGGCUCUAGGGGUUCGGAUCGCAAUGCUCCCCGGCGCCAUCUUUCCGUCCAAAGCAAUCAUGGCAGGUACCUUUGCUUUGAUAACACCAAUCGGAAUGGCUAUUGGACUUGGGGUACUGCAUACGUUUAAUGGGAAUGAGAAGAGUACUUUGGUGGCCUUGGGAACUUUGGACGCGUUAUCUGCUGGAAUCCUCGUAUGGGUUGGUGUUGUUGACAUGUGGGCUCGAGAUUGGGUCAUUGAGGGAGGCGAGAUGAUGAAUGCUAGCCUGAGUAAGGUGUUGAUCGGAGGACUGUCUCUAGUGACAGGUCUCGUGUUGAUGGGACUACUCGGUAAAUGGGCCUGA